AGGACGAGGCGCCAUAGUCACGGUAGUCGUGGCGACAAGAACCAAGCAACGAGAAUCAACAACAACAACCAGAAUCAUUAAGAAACAAACUUUAACGCCAAAGACAGGAAUAUUCCAGGGGGAAUUUGAGAGUGGUGGUCUUGGUCCAGCCGUGGCGGUAGUCAUGGCGACCUCAGGCUACACAGAAGAGCUCCAGCCGGCCCCCCAGCCCAACUCUGUCACCAUAGCAACGCAAUCAGCCACGCCCUCCCGCUCCACGCCAACCCAGUUCAACCAGUCAGUGUCCAUCGUCUCCACAACCGGACAGGACAAACUUCCUGCUCAAGCCACGCUCACCAAGGCCCAGAAGACAGUGGUUCUGGCCACGCCUUCUCAGACUCAGUUUGUUACCGCGGAGAUCCAGAGUUCUGCCGUUCAGCAGAGUAACGGACAGAGUUCCACACCGCAGUACAUCGUAGUGACCGUUACAGAGGGCUCUCUCCAUUCUAGUGACAGUGUAUCAGACUGCAGUCCUCCAGUAGUACUGGUUCAGACAGGGGUCCCCACCCAGGUAGUACAGCAGACCACCCAACAGCAACAUGUUUACCCCAGUCAGGUUCAGUAUGUGGAGGGAGAGGACUCUUACACCACCUCUACCAUUCGUUCUGGCAGCUACCCGUACUCCGACUCCCCCCUCUACUCCCAGACCCCUCCCUCUUCCUCCUCUUCCUACUACGAGUCCACGCCCACCUCGGGGUCACAGGUCACUAACUCCGUGACUUCACAGUCAGUCUCCGUCACCGCGGCAACGGGAGGAGGUGGGAGUGGUUACGUCAUCCAGGGCGGGUACGUAUUGGGAGGUGGGGGCAGCGGAGGAGGUAACUACUCCAGUCACAACACCAGAGCAGCCCCCGCCACAGUACAGUGGCUGCUAGAUAACUAUGAGGGUGCAGAAGGGGUCAGUCUGCCUCGCUGUACCCUCUACUGCCACUACCUCUUCCACUGUCAGGAACACAAGCUAGAUCCUGUCAACGCUGCCUCCUUCGGCAAGCUCAUCAGAUCUGUCUUCAUGGGGCUGAGGACCAGACGCCUGGGCACACGAGGGAACUCUAAGUACCACUACUAUGGUCUUCGUAUCAAGGCCACCUCCUCUCUGCUCCGUCUGAUAGACGACCACCAGCACCUGGCCUUGAGACAGCAACCCUUCUCUCAGAAACACAGGAUAAAGCCGGUUCUGAAGGUGGAGGGCAUGUCCAAUGGGAUGUCCCUGGGGGCGGGGCAGCAGCAGGGGGCGGGGCUCAGUGACAUCUCAGCUCAGGUGCAACAAUACCAGCAGUUCCUGGACGCGUCGCGGGCGCUGCCUGAGUUCCCAGAGUUGGAUCUGCAGGACAGACCUCUUCCUGACGGGAUCAUUCCAGAACACAUCACAGCCUUCCAACAGCUCUACAGGGAACACUGUGAGGCCAUUCUGGAUGUGAUGGUGAACCUGCAGUUCACUCUGGUGGAGACGCUGUGGAAAACCUUCUGGAGGUUCAGCGAGAGCAUCGACGCCGACACACUCGGCGUUCAUGGUGAGUCAGAGGAGCGUCUACCUAAGUGGUACCUGGUGGUGCUGUGUAAGUACCAGCCAGUUGUUCAUUGGACCAGAGACUGUGACAACACACUGUACCAGGCCCUGGUGGAGAUCCUCAUCCCUGACGUAUUACGACCCAUCCCCAGUGCCUUAACUCAAGCCAUCCGUAACUUUGCCAAGAGUCUAGAGAUCUGGCUGACAAGCGCCAUGAUGAACAUACCAGAGGAGAUGGUCCGCAUCAAGGUGGUGUGUGCGGGAGCAUUUGCCCAGACGCUGCGUCGCUACACCAGUCUAAACCACCUGGCCCAGGCAGCCAGGGCCGUCCUCCAGAACACAGCCCAGAUCAAUCAGAUGCUGAGUGACCUCAACAGAGUUGACUUCACCAACGUGCAGGAGCAGGCGUCGUGGGUGUGUGGUUGUGAGGAUGGUGUGAUCCAGAGAUUGGAGCAGGACUUCAAGCAGACGUUACAACAACAUAAUUCUCUGGAGCAGUGGGCUGCCUGGCUGGACGCCGUGGUCUCCCAGGUCCUAAAGCCUUACCAACACAGCCCUGCAGCCUUCCCUAAGGCUGCCAAGCUCUUCCUGCUGCGAUGGAGCUUCUACAGCUCCAUGGUGAUCAGGGACCUGACUCUCCGUAGUGCUGCCAGCUUUGGCUCCUUCCACCUGAUCAGACUGCUGUAUGAUGAGUACAUGUACUACCUGAUAGAACACAGAGUGGCCCAGGCUAAAGGAGAGACGCCCAUCGCUGUCAUGGGAGAGUUUGCCAGUGUGGGCAGGAGUCUGAACGGUCAGGACCCUGAUAAAGAUGAGGAAGAGGAUGAGGAGGAGAGUGAUGAAGAGGGGGUAGAGAUGACCGUGCCGUCUAACUCCGCUGGUCUGGGAGAGGGGGAGGAGUCACUGGAGCCGCCCGUCAAGCUAGCCAGGACUGACCCCCGGGGACUGUUCAAUACCACACACACAGAGUGACUCACACACACCCAACACGCACACACACUGACAACUUAAACACACGCUCUCGACUUCACCGUUGGCUAACACACACACACACACCCUCAAUACCACACACACAGAGUGACUCACACACACCCUCAAUAACACACAUACACACACUCAUCCUUUGCCUUAAUGAUAGUUUGCUAUGAGCCCAUUUGUGAUCCCAAUGCCAUUAAGUUCCUUAUCUGUUCCUGCAACCUCACACACCCUGUUUGUCUGCACCUUGAUCUUGUGUGUGUGUGUGUGUGUGUGUGUGUGUGUGUGUGUGUGUGUGUGUGUGUGUGUGUGUGUGUGUGUGUGUGUGUGUGUGUGUGUGUGUGUGUGUGUGUGUGUGUGUGUGUGUGUGUGUGUGAGAGAGAAAGCGAAGGAGAGGUUUCACAGCUUGCCUUUUCAUCUCUUUUAGUUAUCAUGGUUCCUCAUCACCUUCAUUGUGACAUAAGAGACGGUAACCUCUUCACUAGACACACUGGUCCUUCAUUGUGACAUAAGAGACGGUAAACCCUCUUCACUAGACACACUGGUCCUUCAUUGUGACAUAAGAGACGGUAACCUCUUCACUAGACACACUGGUCCUUCAUUGUGACAUAAGAGACGGUAACCUCUUCACUAGACAGGGUAACAGUCUGUUCCAGAUCUGACCCCACUAAUUAACAUCAGCACUAGUGUGGCAACUUGUUGUUGCUGGAUGCAGAAACAGCCUUGUACCAAUCCAGUGGCUGAGAUUCAGUCUGAGGUGUUGUAGCACACUGACCAUUUAAAGGUAAUGUCUGAUUGAGCUGACGUAUGCAACAUUUACCGUGAAUUCAGUCUCCGUGAACACGCUGAGGAACACUGCCUUUAAAAGGGGCACUGUCAACAGAGGUCUAGAACGUACCUCUGAUUGAAUCCCGACCUAUAUGUCACUGUCAACAGAGGUUUAGAACGUACCUCUGAUUGAAUCCCGACCUAUAUGUCACUGUCAACAGAGGUCUAGAACGUACCUCUGAUUGAAUCCCGACCUAUAUGUCACUGUCAACAGAGGUCUAGAACGUACCUCUGAUUGAAUCCCGACCUAUAUGUCACUGUCAACAGAGGUUUAGAACGUACCUCUGAUUGAAUCCAGACCUAUAUGUCACUGUCAACAGAGGUCUAGAACGUACCUCUGAUUGAAUCCCGGCCUAUAUGUCACUGUCAACAGAGGUCUAGAACGUACCUCUGAUUGAAUCCCGACCUAUAUGUCACUGUCAACAGAGGUCUAGAACGUACCUCUGAUUGAAUCCCGGCCUAUAUGUCACUGUCAACAGAGGUCUAGAACGUACCUCUGAUUGAAUCCAGACCUAUAUGUCACUGUCAACAGAAUUCUAGAACGUACCUCUGAUUGAAUCCCGGCCUAUAUGUCACUGUCAACAGAAGUCUAGAACGUACCUCUGAUUGAAUCCCGGCCUAUAUGUCACUGUCAACAGAGGUCUAGAACGUACCUCUGAUUGAAUCCCGGCCUAUAUGUCACUGUCAACAGAGGUCUAGAACGUACCUCUGAUUGAAUCCAGACCUAUAUGUCACUGUCAACAGAGGUCUAGAACGUACCUCUGAUUGAAUCCCGGCCUAUAUGUCACUGUCAACAGAGGUCUAGAACGUACCUCUGAUUGAAUCCCGACCUAUAUGUCACUGUCAACAGAAGUCUAGAACGUACCUCUGAUUGAAUCCCGACCUAUAUGUCACUGUC